UACUCCCCGGGCCUGUAGAGGGCACUCUGAUGUGUAAAUCACUACGGUGAAGCAAAUCCUGCACCAGGUCGCGUCGAAAAAGAGACCCCAUCAGUAGCUCGCAGAGCAGUCGAUUGCGGACAAUUGAAGGUUAAAAAUGGUGCUGCGGAGGCUCUUUUAUGCUUUGAUCAAUAACGCUCAAGUGGUGGAGAAGCUCUCGGAGUCUCGACCCAUCAGACGUGCGGCGCAGAUCACAGCCUUCGCCAUCACUAAAGCACAGAUCGUCGGGAAAGACGCCUCGACCAGGCUCCUCAGAUCCGACACUUUUCGCCAGAUACGCGACGAGACGUCGAAGAUGCCCAGAGAUGUGUUAGAUUUUGGUCGGAGAGCUACAAGACUGCGGGAUACAUUUGUGAAGGAGGUGAAAGAGGGCAUGAGAGACGCCAACAGACAGAUAAAAGACAGAAAGUGAAAACUGAUGAAUGAUUGAACCUUUUAUUAAUGGCGUUAUUACAGUGCCAUUCGUGAAUAUGAGGACAGCGUCAUUAAAGACUCCAUUUAGAAAGUUAAACUGUAAGACUUGGGGUUAAUGGCCCUCAAUUCAUUAAAUUAAAACCACUGUUAAGUCUGUAA